GAGACGAAGGGCAGAGUGGAGAUGGGCAGCAGACCGUGCAGCCAUCGUCAGCCGCUGGAAUUGGCUCCAAGCCCACGUCUCAGACCUGGAAUACCGAAUCCGGCAGCAAACGGAUAUUUACAAGCAGAUCAGAGCCAAUAAGGGGCUCAUAGUCCUCGGUGAAGCAUCGCCCCCCGAUCCUGCGGUAGAUGACGCGUCCCGUCCUCUUAGUGCUGAAGUUAAGCUGGAGCCUGGGGCUGAGCGGCUGGGCAUCUCUGGAUCCCAGCCAUUGGAGAACCUGGGUGUUUCUGCUGCAAAUAUUCCUGAAUCCCAUCCCGCCAAGCCCUGUGGAGCACCGAGACCCGUCAAUGGAGUUAUUAACACUCUGCAGCCUGGCCUGGCAGAACACGCUCAGGGAGACGGCCCGGAGGCCGAGGAGCUCUUGCAUAAAAAGCAACGACUGACCAUGGCUUCCUCGUCUUUGGACGGAACGUGCGUAGCGGCGCGCACGCGCCCAGUCCUGAGCUGCAAGAAGCGACGGCUUGUUCGACCGAGCAGCAUUAUGCCCCUUUCCAAAAAGAUCCAUCGUAACAGCCUGGCGCGAUGUAGCUGCGACGUGAACCCUUCCUGUGCCCUCUGCGGCACUCGGAGCUCCACGACGCUGGAAAUCCAGUACGAUGCCCCCCUGCUGGAGCGCCUCUCCCAGCUGGACUCAUGCAUUCAUCCUGUCCUCUCAUUCCCUGACGAUGUGCCGACAAGCCUGCACUUCCAGAGCAUGUUGAAAUCUCAGUGGCAGAACAAACCCUAUGAGAAAAUUAAAGCUCCCAAAAAGCUCUCGCUCAAGCACAGAGCCCCCAUGCCGACCAGCAGCCUGUCUGACCCUGCUCGCAAGGACCGCCACAAGCUGGUGAACUCAUUCUUCACUGCAGCCAAGCGCUCCCAUCAAAAAAUCCAACCAGACAAGGCACACAGGCCGCCCUUAGACGAUUUUACGGCCGUGUCCAAGGCCGAGAGAGCGCCAGAGCGCUCCCUUGUCCAGCCUCCUGCCUGUGACAAAAAGCGCGUGCGAGACUGCUCAUCAGAGAGGAGUGAAGUGUUGAAGCAUCACGCAGACAUCGGUGGCCCCAGCUACUUGGCGGCGGCUGCGACCCCCACGCCCCACAGCCCCGUCGCGCGGCAGCUGUCCUCGGAAAGCUCUGCCUCUGCCAGCACCAGCUCCCAGGGCGCCUCCAACGCAGCCCAGCCGAGGAGGAGGAGAGGCGAAAGCUCCUUCGAUAUCAAUAACAUCGUCAUCCCGAUGUCCGUCGCUGCGACCACUCGCGUAGAGAAGCUGCAGUACAAAGAGAUCCUCACGCCCAGCUGGCGCGAGGUCGAUAUCGGCGCCCUGAAGGCGAGCGGGGACGAGGACGGCGAGGAGGUUGAGGACUUGUCCGACGCGGCCUUCGCCGCCCGGCACGGCAAGUGCGAGGAGAUGGAGCGUGCGCGGUGGCUCUGGAGCACCAGCGUGCCGCCGCAGCGGAGCGGCCGCAGGGACCCAUCCUCCCCUCUCAGGUCUUACAGGUCGACGGACGGACGGACGACCCCUCAGCUGGGGAACCCCUCGACGCCGCAGCCGGCGUCCCCGGACGUGGGCAGCUGCCACGCGCACGCGGAGCUGUCGCACACGUACUCGCCGCGCAGCCCCAGCAGCCCCGAGCUGCUCUCCGCCCCCCUCACGCCCCUGUCGCGGGACAUGCGGCUCCUGUCCAGCGAGGACACCCGCUGCUCCACGCCCGAGGCCGACGAGCAGGCCGUGCAGCCCUGGGAGCGACGCACCUUCCCGCUGUCGUACGACCCCAGGACAGAGUGCGAGGACCAAUGCGACCCCCAAGACCGGUCGUCGCGCUGCACCCGGCGCACGUCGGGCAGCAAAUCCUGCCGGGAGCCCGAGGGCCCGUCUGCCUCGUCCCCCGCGGCCGCCCUCAAGAGCCGGCACCCGCUGGCGGCCCCCUCUGCCUCCUGCUCCACAGCGGUGCCGCGGCCGGCGCCCAGAUAGAGACGCACGGGGAGACAGCAGCAAAACCAACACACAGAACUAACUCUUGGCAUUAAAGCUUCCAAAAUCUGCGUUUGAUAUUCAAACAUCCUGCCGGGAAUUUUCACAGUUUUUAGUGAAUUUAAGGAGUUUAGAAACUGUUUUUCUUUUCUGUU